AUGGCGACGGUGGAGCCCAGGGAAGCAGGUCAGGACGACCCAGAGAGCGAGGAUGAGGUCUACGAGGUCGUGGACCUGACAGAAUAUGCCCGCAGGCACCAGUGGUGGAGCAGGGUGUUCGGGAACAACUCCGGCCCGAUUGCUGAGAAGUAUUCCGUGGCCACCCAGCUCAUGAUGGGAGGGGUGACCGGAUGGUGUGCUGGUUACCUCUUCCAGAGAGUUGGGAAGAUAGCGGCUACAGCUGUUGGAGGAGGGUUCCUUCUUUUACAGAUUGCCAAUCACAGUGGCUACGUGCAGGUGGACUGGAAGAAGGUGGAGAAGGACGUGAACAAAGCGAAGAAGCACCUGAAGAAGAAAGCAAACAAAGCAGCCCCUGAAAUAAGCACAUUCAUUGAGGAGGCCACAGACUUUAUAAAAAGGAACAUCGUCUUGUCCAGCGGCUUCGUCGGCGGCUUCUUUCUGGGUUUGGCCUCUUAAAAGCUGCCGCACACGCCCGCGGCCUCCGCUUACUGUGAAUCACAUCACUACAUAGGUCACUCUCCUCUCCAUUUGUUUACCUCUCAGCCCCAUGCGUGCGUUGAUUCCCCCUUUUACCGAACUGAACGGGUGGUGGAAUGGGGGUUUAUGUUAAAACAUUAAAAGCAUGAUCUGUUGUGACAGCGGUAUUAACUGUAACUACGCCCUCAUGUUUUAAAUCAAUCCUAGCUAAUGAAUUACUUUUUGGGAGGACUGAGUGCACAUUCUAAAGCAAGUGUGUGUGGUGGCUCAGUCGGGAAUUUGGGUGCUUGGAUUAUUAUACUGUGAAGACUGUCUUCUGUGGGGACCCUUAAUGGAUCUUUGCCAGACUGCUGAAUAUGUCAAGCUGCCACAAACUAGCACAGAUUCCUCAUUGCUUUUUUUUUCCCAUCACCGAUCUGAGUCUAGAUUGUCCGUCCCCUCAUGUAUUUGCCAGGCGGAUGCUGAUCUCAGAUUGUUAAAAAUCGGCAUGUGUGGGCGCCAUUGUGAGUAUAUAGCCAACCCCCUUUUUCCGAGCUGUAUAUUAUAUAAACGACAUUGGAAGGCAGCAGAGUGGGAAGUUAACACCAUCCCCCAGUCUACUGCUCGGAGGUAUUUUUUUAUGUAGCUGUGAAGUUUGGCGAGUUUAUGUGCCAUCUAAGCAUGUAAGCAAACAGUUUUUAAAAAAAAAAAAAAAGUUUGUCACACUGUCUGGGGGGGUUAAACAAAGUUAGUUUCCCACUCUGAGCAGGAGUUAUUAAUAUACAACACAUAUCAUGAGCAUAAAUUGCAACUACAUUUUGUCUACUUCACAAAAUGACAACCAAGAAUAUUAAACACAGAUCCUUUUAUUCCCAUAAUCCUCUAGCUCCACAAUGUCCUUUAAUGACCGGAUGAGCAUCUGCUGCACCCUAAUUACCACCAUCCACCAGCUAGACACCAAAAGAGACACCGGUCCCGUCAUUAAAAGAGCAUAAUGGAGCAGCGAUUGUGACUCCUACGCCCUCGCUAUUGUCAUUGUGCAUUUAGUGGUGUCAGUGUAGCAAUAACACAACGGCGACGCUGCCCUCGCUUUAAUUAUGUAGAUAGGACAUAUACACACAGGAGUCCACUUAAGUUGAUCACAAGUUGCUUUGAUUUGCCUUUUUUCUUCCAGUGCAAUAUACUGUAAUGUUUCUGAUGUACUUUGUUUUUUUAGUUUUCUUUGAAGAGCUUGUUACAACUGGCGUUUUGUAUUCUCAUAUUCCAUCAUUGUUUCUAUUUAAUGUUAUUUUGUUACCUGAGCUGUAUGAAUUUGGCUGGGUGUCUGUUUUAAAAUAAAGUUGCCUGAUUUUGUUUUGAAUAACAGUAAAAAAAAAA